UGGCGUCAAGAGGAAAAAAUGGAAAACUUCCAAAUCUUAAAAUUUGUGUGGAUAACACGGAAGAUUUAGAGAGUGAAGACGACAUAUCAGAAGAAGAAGAAGUCCCGGGAGCCAGAGAAACGAUAUGUGAAAAAAUCAUUGUCACAAGAGAAGUGGUUUCUUCGUCAUCAAGCAGCAGUAGUGGAAGCGACAGCGAGUCGUCGAGUGAUAGUGAACAAGAAAGCGAAAGAAGUGACACAGAAAGUGUAGAAUUUAAUGUCAAAAUUACUGGGUUAACAAAGAAAGACAGUGAAUCUAAAAAACACGAGGUUACGAAAAGAUAUGAAAAUAAAACUGGUAAUUUUGUAACAGGACUUGAUUUAACAUCUAAGGAGGCUAUAGAGAAGAAAGAUGAAAGAGCUAAGAGGUUUGGUUUGCCUGUUGUUGAAAAUAAACCGUUAGAUCAGUCAGCUCUUCUGAAAAGCCUUGGUUUAAAACAAGAAGAUGUUGAUAAAGGUGAAAGAGGAAUACGACUUGAAGCUAUACACAUCCGAGGAACAGACGAAAUGAGCACCCAAGAUCUCUAUAAAUAUUUUGGUGAAUUUGCUCCAGGGGGAAUAGAAUGGAUAGAUGAUUCAUCCUGUAACGUUGUUUGGUUUGAUCCUGUGACGGCUGCUAGAGCCAUGUCAUCGUUAAGUCGGGAUUAUGAUACUGUCAUGGCUGAAGAAGAAGAAAAAAUAAAUGAAAAAGAAAAGAAAAAAAAAUCAAAUGUUGAAGAGAAAGUUAAAACAGAUACUGAAAUGGUUGAGAAGGAAAGUGAAACUGUUGAUACUGAUGUGAAAAAAGAAGUAAAAAUGGAAGUUGACGACGAUGAUUUAGAUUUAGAUGCUGCUAGCGAUGACGAGUCACCAAUAACGCAGAAAGAUAAAGAAGAUAAAGACUCUGAAAUAAAGCUCGACAAAACUGAUGAGGAAACAAAAUCUGUAUCUAUGGAUCAUGGUUCUUCAUCAAAUGAAGAAAAUAUAAAAGAGGAAGAAAUAAAGAAAGAGGAGAAAAAUCACAGAAAAAGAAAUGAAAUAAGAUGGCCUCCUGGAAAAUGGCGGUUUGGUAAUCCACAUCCGAAAUCAAAAUUUAUCUUUCUAAGAUAUGCCACCAAAGCUGAUAAGAAAGUUAUUGGUGCUGAGAAUAAAAGUAAAUAUUAUGUCAAAUAUGGAAACCCCAAUUAUGGUGGUCAGAAAGGUUUAAUAAGUGGAUCAAGGAAGAGACGCUAUCGAGCUGUCAAGAGAAAUGAAGAAUAUGAACAAGUGAAGAAUUCAAAGAGUAGUCGCGUGGAGGAGGAGGCAGAGGACGGGGAAAUAAUGGAUGAUGAUGAUGAUGAUAAUGAAAUAGUUGAAAAACCCAAAGCACUUUUUACAGACAAAAAUAAACCUCGAGGAACAGCACCUUUAGAAUUAGAUGAUGAUGGGUUAGAUAUGGAAGCAGAAUUACAAGAAUUACUCGGACCCCCUGUCAAGAAACGUUCUAUGAGAAUGUAUGCUGAUGAUAUAGAGGCACAACAGAAAAAAACAAGACCAAAGGUAUCAAGUGGAGGAUUAACUAUAGUAGCUGAUGCCAGAGAGGGUAUAGAGGCACGAUUAGGUAGAGAGGUUGGCGACAUGCGUGAUGCCAGAGAUCGAAUAUCGGAUGCCAGACAAAAAUUUUCUAGUGCUAAAUCUAAACAAGAUCGAGAUGAGGACUUUUCUUUCUCUCAUUCUUCAAAUGAUUUACGGUCUAAACUUAAAAGACGGAAACCAAGUUCUAUGGACAAUUUACCAGGAAUUAAAAUAGAGAUAUUUGAUUAGCAGUUUGUGUGGAUAACAUGGUUAUAUUUACAACAUUGUAUGAAAUAAUUUUUAAGUUAAAAUCAUUUUUGUGUGAGUGAAUUAUUGUGUAUGUGUCUUUUGGGUUGAAUGCACAGCUAUUGCUUAGCUAAAGUUGUCUGUUAUCCAUUUUGAAUAUCUAGUUAUGGACAAGUCCAGCCUUUACAGAUUCUUUAUAUUUUAUUCAUUAUUUAGUAUUAAAAAGUUUCAUCAACCAUGCUCAAGCUGAAUUACAAAUCAAUUUGUCCUGUGGACCGGGUACAGAUCCCCAGAAGCUAUUCAGUAAUAUUCAUCUUGAUAUUCUUAAUUAACUUUAAAGAGGCAUUAGGUAAGAUUAGAUAAAGGGUUAGUUCUUGCUAUAAUAGAUAAUGUAAACAGAAUAUGCUGAAAAUUUCAGUCAAAUUGCUUCACUCUGGACCGAGAGAUUAGUGCUUCAAUUUUAGUGUUAGUACGAUAAUAAACAAAGUCUCGAUUAUCCAUUUAUACAUUAAAUCAUCCAUCACAAUAUGUAAUCAAAUCCACUAAAUAUCUUGGGCUAAUGAUGGCGUCUAGAGUUGAUUAUGAUCUUGAUAAGUUAAUUAAUGUCUAGUUAAUAACAUUAACUAACAUUUAGAUAACAUUUAAGGCCUAAAUAAAGACCUGCAUUAGGCAGAUUUAGCUCUUGCUUAAUGCAUACUUAUGUGUAAUAACAAAUACAUGCCUGCUAUGAUAUUCUGACAGUAACCUUCAUCUCCACUAUAAACAAACAAGAAGAGUCUUGAUUACCCAGAGCCAGAUGUUUACGAAAAGUAGCUCCAAUAAGUGAUGAGCACAUGAACACAGACAGUUACCUUGAUGACAUCUUAGUUUAUUUACCUAAUUAAAGACGAUAUAAUUUGUACUGUGAAAACUUAUUUAAUAAUAGAUUAUACAUAAAAUAUAAAAGAAUCUGCAUGUUUGUAAAUAUUAAAGACCCCUAGUGUGAUUUUAGCGUUAUAGGAAUCCCUGGCAAACUACGGGUCUCUAAUUGGAAUGUCAGUCCAAAAAUGGUUCAGUUCUGCUCAUUAUUUACAAAGCUAUGAUGAAUUGAAAUUCCAUCGAUCUAUGCUGCUCGCUAUGUAACAAGCCUGCCGUCAUCUUUAUCGGCCGCGAAACUAAACUGAUUGAAUCCAAGCCAGGUUAUCUGGUGUGUUUUUUUUAUUUGUUUUUUUAAUUAUAUUUUCCGAAAAAUUAUCCAUCGUUACUUUAAUAUUUUAUAAUUAAAAUGUCAUGUCCUUCAAGAAUUAUCAAUAUUGCAUUUCUGGUUUAUCAGCUUCUUAAAUUGAUAAAAUGCUACUUUUAGCUACAGGAUGAUCUGUGCAUUCGACUCAAGAGAUUACAUAGUGUGUGUAUGUUAUAUGGGGAGAAUGGUUCAUUUUAUUUUAAAGAGAGAAACAGGUGUCUUAUAACAUUGUCAUUUAUACAUCACUGAUUACUUCAGGGAUCAAUUUACCAUGAUCACAUUUGUAUGUUUGUACACAAUAACGAUUGUAUAUUUAAAGGAACUUGAUGACGUUUCAUUACAGCUUUAAAAAUAUAAUGAAUCGUAAGAAUAGCAUUGAUUUAUACAUUGUUUUAGUGGUAUUUUGUAACUGAAUAACACAUGACACAAUUAUUUGGAAUACAAGUUACUUAAAAGUUUAUUUCUGGCGAGGGGGGGGGGGGGGGGGGUGCCGAAUGGUUAGCAUGUGCGCGGUGUAUCAUACCAUCUGUCAUUGAGUCAACUGGCUGCGUUUUGAUUCCCUGUUUUAGGUGACAAGGAGUAGAGUCGCCUGUCUAACAUCGUGGAUUUUCUGUGGGUCCUCAUGUUUCCUCCCACUGCUGAAGACCCCUACGCACAAGCGAAUUAUUGAAAUAAAAUUGAACCAUGUGUUAGUCCCGAAAUGACCUAGUUUGUGUCGAGUUGACCUUAAUACCCAUUUCUCUCUUUCUCAGUCUUUAUUUCUGGCGAGGGUUUUUUGUUUGAUAAAUAUGAGAGAACCCUCAUUGAAACGUCGUCAGAAAUAUACUUCUCUAAGUAACUUGUAUUCCAUAUAAUUAUGUCAUGAGUUAUUUAUUUAUACCAUUGGGUAUCGACAUCAUUAUGGGGACCAAUUGUCUACAUGAGAAAUUUGGUCAUAUGGUGCAUUCUAAUGGCUUGGAUGAUUGUAAACAGAUGAUAAGAUCUGAUAAUCUAUUUAAGUUUAAAGAGUUCAAAUUUUCGCAGUUUUUUUAAAGAUCAGGACUGGUCUAAAUACCACAGAUUAUUGCCAAAUCGAAAUGGCAUGCUGCUAUUUGCUACAAGUUCCUUUAGCAAUUAAAAGAGGGAAUUCUACAAACGUAUAUAUAGUCGUGUUGGAGAUUUAUGUGGCCGUAUGUCAGUGACAUCUUGCUUGGAUGCUAUUUGUCUUAUACACUUCCCAUCAAAAAUAUCUUUUAAAGUUACAAUUUCAUAUUUUUAAGUUAUAUUUUUAAAAUGUAUUAAAAUAAAGCCCUAAAAUAGAUGGUAUCUAUAAACAGUCCUACCUUGUUAAAGAAUAAUCCUAUUAAUCCGAUAAUUCACUAUUGCCAGUGGCAAAAAUAUCAUUUUCAACUUCAAAUUCAAAUGUUUGAAGAUAGCUCAUGGUGGGGAAUAGGAAAACAAGGGAGGUAAUUGUGUUAUUAUUUCCGGUGUGAUUUUUUAAGUGUGAGAAAGAUAACCUAUGAUCGUAUAAUAGUGAGUUGACAACCUAUUGAGCAAAAGACAUAGAAAUAAUUAUGUUUUGACUUUCUUAGAAAAUAUGAAAUUGUAACUUUAAAUGUCUGGGGUUCCAUCUUUCUGUUUCUAGUGAAAUUUGAUAUGGACUUUAUAUGCAGUAGACACAGGAUAAGUUAAGUUAUACCUCAAUUCAUCAUUUAUUAUGAAGUUAAUCCCUAUUCUAUAUCUAUGAAUUACUAGAUCAUUUCAAAUUUAAGUAUAUACUGUAAUAUAUAGUCAAGCAGUAGUAAGAAGUUUUAUUUUAAUCCCUUCAAGUGCCUGGAUGUUCAGUUUAGCCCUGUAUUUUGCAGAUGAGUGGAUCCACUGGUCAUUGUGGCUGGUCGUUAUUAUUUCCUACACAUGGAAUCAUACAUAAUUUCACUUAAUGGUCACCAAUUUUCAUUAGGUACCAUGCCGAAUACUACAUUAUGUAAGAUUUAGAUAUAGAGAUGGCCAAUCUUGUAAUAACAGUUCAAAAAUAGAUAAUGAAAAUUGAAAAUGUUGAAAUUGUCAUUCAAAUUACUUUAUUCUGAGCAAAGUUAUGGAUGUUUGAAGAUGUAGCAACGAUACUUGACAAUCGAGACAAAAUCAAAUCUUGAUUAUCCGUUUUAUUGUUAAUUUAAAAUCUCGUGGGUGUUCUAAUCCAUUUAAAUCUCAGCCAUCCGAUGGUCCAAAGAGUUGAUUAUAGGCUUGAGAUGAGAAUAAAUGUCUAAAAAAUAGUUUAUAUAAAAUUUGAAGCCAAAUAAAGGUCUGCAGUCGUCAGAUUCAGGUCUGAUAUAAUGCAUUUCAAUUAUAAAAAUAAGUUACUUUCUGCGUUCCAGUCAAGUUGUGACAACAAGCACUUCAGAUUCAAUCUAAUUAAAUAGUCUUUUUUAAAAAAAAAAAUGAUGAAUGAUUAAAUUGUUGAUGUCCUUGCAGUUUGCAUUGAAAUAUUGUGGUUAAACGAACUUUAUAACUUAUUUUAAAAAUGAAAUUAUUAAAUGAUUGUUUUUAUAUUAGAACUUUUACAAUUACCUGUAUUUUCCUUAAAUGAAGAUAUGUUGAUGUAAUGGUUUAUUUGUAUAAAAUCUUCAAUAAUA